AUGCCUUCUACGACUCCCAAGUCUGACCCCUACAUCAUUUACGGUCGAGGCGGCGCCGGCAACAUCCACCACCGCUCCACAAUCCGCAGCGCCUGGAAAUCCAUCAAGAACUCUCCCUCCACAUCUCCGCCGCUCAACUUCUCCGUAUCGCCAGACAACUACUACGCAGCCUGGAAUGCGAAAUCCGAGGACCCGAGCAAGAAGCGUCGCGAAUCUGAACUUCUGUCAUCGUCAGUAGACGGGGACAGCCUGAAACGCAACACCAGCAGCGGCUCGUUGUCCCUAUUCAAGAGUACAAGUGACAGCAUGAAGCGCAACACAAGCUCUGGCUCUUUGUUCAGCUUGAGUUCAAGCGUGACACACUCGAGGAGUCACAGCGGCUUGAGUGGACUUAGCAAGAUGUUUGGAGGGAGGAACAGUGUGGAGGAUGACAGGAGCGUGUCGACUGGCUCGACAGUGGAGAGUGUGAUGGAAGAAGAGGACGCCGGUGCAAUAGUCAUGCGUAGCACGAAGGAUAAGGGGAAAGGAAAGGCUCAAGGUUAG